AUGGAGACCCAGCGGUGGUCCACCAGGUGGAGGACGAGAAGGUGGCUUCUGGAUCUCGCAACCAGACCGCUUCUCAUCAUUCUCACUUCGUCCUUCAUCCUAACACUCCAAGCUUAUCAUGUCCGAGCAGUUGAAACCGUGGACGUACUGAAUGUUUUAGAGUUCUCCAGUACCCCUGAAGGAGUUCAGAAAGUCUCAGGAUUCUGUGUAAACAGAAAAGGGUCCCAGCCCGACACAGCCUACAGAGUGGGAAAGGCAGCUCAGAUCAGCGCUCCUACCCGACAGCUCUUUCCAGCUGGUGUGUUUCCUGAAGAUUUCUCCAUCUUGACAACCCUCAGGGCCAAAGCUGGUCUGCAGUCCUUUUUGCUGUCCAUCUAUAGUGAGAGUGGCACCCAGCAGCUCGGUGUAGAGAUUGGACGCUCGCCUGUCUUCCUGUACGAGGACCAGACUGGCAAACCCUCACCUGAAGACUACCCACUGUUUCGUUCCCUCAACCUGGCCGAUGGAAAAUGGCAUCGUGUGGCCAUCAGUGUGGAGAAGAAGACGGUGACCAUCAUUGUAGACUGCAAGAAGAAAAUCACCAAGACUCUGGACAGAAGUGACCAUGCCAACCUCAACGUCAAUGGAAUCACCGUUUUUGGCAGCAGGAUUCUGGAUGAGGAGGUUUAUGAGGGUGAUAUCCAGCAGCUUCUAAUCGUCGCUGACCCUAAAGCAGCUUAUGAUUACUGUGAACACUACAGCCCUGACUGUGAUACCCCCCAUAAACACAGACCUCAAGCUCAGGAACCCGAGGAGGAGUAUGCGACUGCAGUAGAUUACGGAGAGUCUUACGAUUACUAUGACGGGCCGAUUCCCACCGACACAACGACUGAUUUGUCUGAGACUCAGCUAAACAACUUAGAUGGCGAGUACUAUACUGACAGGGAAAUUGACUAUGGGACUGUAGAUACUUCUCAAACUCAUUCUUCUGUUGACACCCCUGGAGCCAACGAGGCUGUGGAAGAGCAGAUUGUGGGUCAUUCAGUCACCGAACCCCCAGUCGAGGUCGACCCCACAAUCGACCCUAUCCAUAACGAGCAUUCACAGCCUGAUGCUACUGCUGAAGGAGACGCAUACGACUUUAAGGAAUACGACCUUACGGAGUUUGAUGCCAGUGAGCUGGACAAAACUCAGUAUGAGUUUGGUGCGUAUGAUGAAUAUGACAAUGUGGCUCCAAACCACAAGUCCACUUAUGAGGAUGAGUUUGAGCAUGCCGAAACUGGUAAAGAGGAAGCGCAAGUCCGCACAGAUGUUGGUGGAGGUGCUGCAUUUUUGGGACAGAAAGGAGAGAAAGGAGAACCUGCUGUGAUUGAGCCUGGAAUGCUUGUCGAGGGACCCCCUGGAUUGCCCGGUCCUGUUGGUCUUCCAGGACCCUCAGGUUUGCAAGGUCCUCCUGGUACAUCUGGAGAUCCUGGUGACAGGGGUCCUUCUGGUCGUGCUGGUCUCCCUGGAGCUGAUGGAAUUCCAGGUCCUCCCGGUACCAUGCUAAUGCUUCCGUUCCGUUUUGGAGGUGAUGGUGAGAAAGGCCCAGUGGUGUCGGCUCAAGAAGCUCAGGCUCAGGCCAUCCUCUCUCAGGCCAGGCUGGCUAUGCGAGGUUCUUCAGGUCCGAUGGGUCUAACUGGACGACCUGGCCCUGUGGGACUUCACGGUUCCCCCGGCCUGAAGGGUGAAUCUGGAGACCAUGGUCCUCAAGGUCCAAGAGGUGUACAAGGACCAGCAGGACCAGUGGGACAGUCUGGAAAAAGGGGUCGUGCUGGUAGCGAUGGAGCUCGGGGAAUGCCUGGAGAGUCUGGAGCCAAGGGUGACAGAGGGUUUGAUGGUCUUCCAGGUCUUCCAGGAGAGAAAGGACACAGGGGAGAUUUAGGUCCCCUUGGACCCCAUGGUGCUCCAGGAGAAGACGGACCUAGAGGAGAGGAUGGAGAGAUUGGACCACGUGGUUUGUCUGGAGAGAGUGGCCCAAGAGGUUUGCUAGGUCCACGAGGUCCUCCAGGACCCCCUGGUCAGCCUGGAGUAGCUGGUGUGGACGGUCCUCAGGGUGCCAAAGGAAAUAUGGGACCUCAAGGAGAACCAGGUCCUCCAGGACAGCAGGGAAUCCCAGGAACUCAAGGGUUGCCCGGACCACAAGGACCAAUUGGACCACCAGGUGAAAAAGGUCCUCAUGGUCGUCCUGGCUUGCCUGGUUUACCUGGUUCCGAUGGACCCCCUGGUCAUCCUGGAAAAGAGGGACCUCCUGGAGAGAAAGGAGCUCUGGGUCAGCCUGGUCCUCAGGGGCCCAUUGGUUACCCAGGACCCCGUGGAGUUAAGGGUGCUGAUGGAGUCCGUGGACUAAAGGGUGGAAAAGGAGAGAAGGGUGAAGAUGGAUUCCCCGGCUUUAAGGGAGAUAUGGGUCUUAAAGGAGACAGAGGAGAAGUUGGUUUGCUUGGUCCCAGAGGUGAGGAUGGUCCUGAGGGUCCUAAGGGUCGUUCUGGUCCUCCUGGAGAAUCUGGUCCUAUAGGUCUGGCUGGUGAAAAGGGUAAACUGGGAGUUCCUGGAUUGCCUGGCUAUCCUGGACGACAGGGACCAAAGGGCUCAACUGGAUUCCCUGGAUUCCCAGGUACUAAUGGAGAGAAAGGAGGCAGGGGUGUUGCUGGGAAAGCUGGUCCAAGAGGGCAACGAGGUCCAACAGGUCCACGGGGGGCUCGGGGUGCCAGGGGUCCGACCGGAAAGCCAGGUCCAAAGGGCACAUCAGGCAACGAUGGUCCACCCGGGCCACCAGGAGAGAGAGGACCUCAAGGACCCCAGGGCCCUGUAGGCUUCCCAGGACCAAAGGGUCCACCUGGACCAUCCGGUAAGGAUGGGUUGCCUGGACACCCUGGCCAGCGGGGAGAGACGGGUUUCCAAGGUAAAACUGGCCCACCUGGACCUGGAGGAGUUGUCGGCCCUCAGGGUCCAACUGGCGAGACUGGUCCUGUAGGAGAAAGAGGGCACCCUGGACCCCCAGGACCCCCUGGAGAGCAGGGUCUUCCAGGAGCAGCAGGAAAAGAAGGUGCAAAGGGAGAUCCAGGUCCCCAGGGUCCUGCUGGAAAAGACGGACCACCCGGACUGAGAGGGUUCCCUGGAGAGCGAGGUCUUCCUGGAACACCGGGUCCAGCUGGAUUAAAGGGAGCAGAGGGUCCUCAGGGUCCACCUGGACCUGUUGGCUCUCCUGGUGAGAGAGGUGCUGCCGGUCCUGCAGGUCCCAUCGGUUUACCUGGUCGUGCUGGACCUCAAGGACCCCCGGGCCCUGCUGGAGAGAAGGGUGCUCCUGGUGAGAAAGGACCAUCGGGUCCUGCUGGCCGAGAUGGAGUCCAAGGUCCGGUUGGUUUGCCAGGCCCCUCUGGUCCCCAAGGACCACCCGGAGAAGAUGGUGACAAGGGAGAGGUUGGUGAACCAGGACAAAAGGGAAGCAAAGCUGAUAAAGGAGAACAGGGUCCACCUGGUCCAUCAGGUCUACAAGGUCCAAUUGGAGCACCAGGACCUGCAGGUGCAGAUGGAGAACCUGGACCAAGAGGUCAGCAGGGUAUGUUCGGACAGAAAGGAGACGAAGGACCAAGAGGUUUCCCAGGACCACCUGGACCAAUCGGCCUGCAGGGUCUUCCUGGACCUCCAGGUGAGAAGGGAGAGAAUGGAGACGUUGGUGCAAUGGGUCCCCCUGGUCCACCAGGCCCGAGAGGUCCUCACGGUCCAUCAGGUGCUGAUGGUGCACAAGGACCACCAGGUGGUAUUGGAGGCAUGGGAGCAGUGGGAGAGAAGGGUGAACAAGGUGAAGCCGGUAAUCCCGGACCUCCUGGAGAACCUGGUACUGGAGGCCCCAAAGGUGAGAGAGGUGAGAAGGGUGAAGCAGGCCCAUCUGGUGCUGCUGGACCUGCUGGACCUAAAGGACCACCUGGGGAUGAUGGCCCCAAAGGAAAUCCUGGUCCUGUUGGCUUCCCUGGAGAUCCCGGUCCUCCGGGUGAGCCUGGUAUUGCUGGAACUGAUGGCAGCCCAGGAGAGAAAGGUGAAGAUGGUGAAGCAGGUCAACCUGGUCCUCCUGGUCCAUCUGGAGAAGCUGGACCCCCAGGACCACCAGGAAAACGAGGACCUCCAGGAGCUCCAGGAGCUGAAGGCAGGCAGGGCGAGAAGGGUGCCAAGGGUGAAGCUGGAGCCGAGGGUCCACCUGGAAAAACCGGCCCUGUGGGACCCCAGGGACCUUCAGGGAAACCUGGUCCUGAGGGUUUGAGAGGAAUCCCUGGUCCUGUGGGUGAGCAAGGACUUCCAGGCUCACCUGGGCAAGAUGGCCCACCUGGACCACUGGGACCCCCUGGUCUGCCCGGCCUGAAAGGUGACCCCGGAUCAAAAGGUGAAAAGGGUCACCCUGGUCUGAUUGGACUGAUAGGACCUACUGGUGAGCAGGGAGAGAAGGGAGACCGUGGUCUACCUGGACCUCAGGGUACUCUUGGUGCCAAAGGCGAUUCUGGCAUUUCUGGUGCUGCUGGGCCCCUCGGUCCUCCUGGCCCUCCUGGACUUCCUGGUCCACAAGGUCCAAAGGGAGCCAAGGGUUCAUCCGGUCCUGCUGGUCAAAAGGGAGACACUGGGUUGGUCGGACCUCCUGGUCCUCCUGGCCCCCCUGGCGAAAUUAUCGAGCCACUGCCAAUACGAUCCUCUAAGAAGACACGGCGCUCCAGCGAUAUGCAGGGUGAUGAUUCAGGGCUGAAUUAUGGUGAGGGCAUGGAGGGCAUCUUUAGCUCCCUGAACAAUCUCAAACAAGACAUCGAGAAGAUGAAGUACCCCAUGGGCACCAACAACAACCCGGCCAGGACUUGCAAGGACCUGCAGCUGGCUCACCCUGAGUUCCCUGAUGGUGAAUACUUCAUUGAUCCUAACCAAGGAUGCUCUGGAGAUUCUUUCAAAGUUUACUGUAACUUCACAGCAGGAGGCGAGACCUGCAUCCACCCUGAAAGGAAAUCCAGAGGAGUUCAGAUGUCUUCCUGGCCCAAAGAGAAGCCUGGCUCAUGGUAUAGCUCAUUUAGGCAGGGCCAUCUACUGUCCUACGUGGAUGCUGAGGGCAACUCUAUAAACUCAGUGCAGAUGACCUUUCUUAAAUUACUGACUGCCUCGGUGAGGCAAAACUUCACCUACACCUGCCACCAGUCCAUAGGCUGGCACGACACCAAGGCAAACAGUUACGACAAAUCUUUGCGUUUCCUCGGCUCAAACGAUGAGGAGAUGUCCUACGAUAAUAACCCCUACAUCAAGGCUCUGAUCGACGGCUGCUCGACGAGAAAGGGCCAUGGAAAGACUGUGAUACAGAUCGACACACCCAAAAUCGACCAGCUUCCUAUAGCAGACGUCAUGAUAAACGACUUUGGUGAUCCCAAUCAGAAAUUUGGGUUCCACGUUGGCCCUGUCUGCUUUCUUGGAUAAAUAAAAAGAUAAAAGAAUGACAUCACAAUGACAAAAACUUGACAGGAAGGACUUUAAUUGUACCGUCAAAUCACCCAGCCUGUGUUCAUGCCACAUGCAAGUUUUGAAUAAUUUUGAUGUUUUUUGUUGUGCCACAUCACAUCACCAUCCGAGGGCAUGAACCAUGACAACAUGAUUUGGUAAAGAGGGAAAGGUGAAGGACUCAAAGCAGGCGUGGCUGAACAAAGAGCUGGGGAAAAUAAUGGAGAGGGAACGUAUGAUGAGACAGACGAACCUUCCUCACGGAGUCUAUCGGUGCUGUACAACAAACAGUAUACAGAAAAGUCCACAACUAUGGUGCUUUAUUCAAAUAUUAUUAAAUAGUCCUAAUAAAUAAGAGGUGCUAUAAGACAGAA